AAGUUAGCUGCAGUGCAUUCUGAAUGAGCCACGUACGUAUGUACAAGUACAAGUAGCAAACAGCCGUUAUUACACAUUGGUUGGACACAUCAAAGACCUAAACGUGUAUCCAUUGCUAAACUGAUCCAGCAGCUAGAUCCCAUCAGCUGAUAUUAAAUCGGGGAUCUCAUGGGUCCGGCUUCACACACAGGCCUGUACGAGCGCGCAGCGGAUAUCUUCUCUAGUUGGAGCUUGUUGAGCGGAUAGCCGGAUAAGUUGUAGUGUGCUAUUGACUCAUAAAAUCUCAACGAAACACUUCCGUUUCACUGGAUGUGGUCUGGCGCACUGUGACGCGUGUACUGCCCCAUGAUUCCUUAACAAAAACAUGCAAAAAUGAAUGUUUUGAUAGCGGGGAGCAAUGGAAAAGUCGUAGCCCAAUUUGCCACUGUCAUACACCACUGGUGGCGGUUGGUUGUGGACUUGUACUGCGGCACACAACGGCAGGCACUCAUCAUAGAGAUUUUCGGGUGACAUGACAGAUCAUGCUGGUCUUUUUCUGUGUAUGGUCCGUGUGUGCAUGCAUGCGUCCCGGCGCUCCCGACGGGUCUUUUCACUAUUUUUUACGUCAAUGGCGGAAAAAGAAACAUAAUCGUUACUUUGCGUGUGUCAGCGCUGGUGCGGACACAAAUUACUUGCCGACUGGUGUGUGUCGCCGACGACUGCCGCGCCGUGGAUUCCUUAUAGCGGCCAAAAAAUUGUGGAUUAGUUAGGAUUUUCUUGUGCGAACGAAAUACUGUUUAAUUUUGCGGCCCCGUAUAUAAUACGCCGGACGAUUACACAUUCCGAUUGUUGUUAUAUGGAUUCCCUACAUGAUAACUCAACGGCGCUAUCUGAUCCAGAAAAUUCAUCCAUUAAUGCCCGACAUCGGGAAUUGUAUAUCCUUAUCUUAACCAUCAUACCCACAUUGAUUAUUGUCAUUGGAACAGUGGCCGGAAAUGUGCUGGUCUGUGUGGCGAUUGGCUAUAGUCGUCAGUUGCGGAAGAACAUUACAAAUGCCUUUUGUGCAUCGCUGGCGAUUAGCGAUCUCCUAUUGGGCAUUUUUGUCUUGCCCAUAAGUUUUGGCCGUUUGCUCACCAAUAACUGGACACUUGGGAGUAUAUUAUGCAAUGUGUACAUUUCCAUGGACGUCUUCCUGUCCACAGCGUCGAUUCUUAAUUUAUUCAUUGUCUCCAUCGAUCGCUAUUACGCCAUAACGCGGCCCUUUCUCUACCGGACCAUUAUCAACAAGCGCACCGCCACGGCCAUGCUGACCUUUGUAUGGCUGUUGUCCUUCGUCAUCGCCUUUGUCCCGAUCUACUUUGGAUGGAAUACAUUCAGUGGUGUUGUCCAGAAUCGACAUAAUCCUAUCCGGUGUGACUUUCUGGUGGAGAGUCUACCCUACAGUCUAACGAUCGGCGUGGGCACCUUCUACAUCCCGUUACUGAUACUGUACUUGAUGUAUAUACGGAUUCUCACCAUCAGCUACGCCCACGUGAAAGCCAUUCGUGCUCAAACGACCCUGUAUAAUAAUAACCUGGAUGGUAAUGCCGAUAAACAGACGUCUAAUAGUAAUACGUUACGGGAGCAUCGCGCUACCAUUACCCUGUUUAUUAUUAUGGGAGCGUUCUCCAUCUGCUGGCUGCCGUAUUUUACACUUUUUACCAUCAGUCCCCGGCUGGAGGAAACUCACACUCAACCGGAUCCGCUGGUGGCCGAAAUAUUUUUAUGGAUGGGGUACUUUAAUUCCUUUGUCAAUCCCUUUGUAUACGGCAUGACCAACCGGGAAUAUCGUAAUGCGUUCAAAUUGUUGUUAUGCAGCUGGCGGAAGUCGCAGAAUCCUGUGAUGCAUCCACGUGAAACUGAUUUAAUGUGCAUGUAGUUGGCGCGGGACCGACUACUUAACUGUACCGUUCUAAUGUUCGUCAACAUUCUGCGGGAGAAUUUUUCUAUUAUAGCACUUCUAAUCAGAUCUGGCUUAAGAAACAUGACAUUCCUCAUUUGAUUACCGAGACUUCUACCGACCGACGACGAUGACGACGUCGUCGCGGGCCGAUAUAUCUCUCUAUCAAUGCUGGCAAUUGAAGUGUGCACACCAAGUUGACAUUUGUUCUUAGGGAUACUUGAACGGCGCACUUUAAAAUAAACCAAACCCAAAUGACCGGCAACAUGCCUGGAAGCUGUAUAAGAGAGCGAGAGCGUGGUGGCGGUGUGGUCUCCUGCUGCGUAAAAAGACAAGACCAAUUAA